AUGGUGGCCGCUCCAUCCCGUCCGUUUGACUAUCUCGAAGGCCUCCCUGGGACGGUCUUCUACAAGCUUUACCAGCAGCCCUCUACAGCACUCGCUAUUUUCAGGCGCAUGUUGCCCGACCUUGCAAAAUGUUUUGUUAUGGCGCUUCUUUACCUCAGGGAUCCCCUCCCCGCAGCGGAUCUAGAGACCUGGGUAAAAUCCGAGAGCUUGAAGGAACGUGACAAUGCGCUUUCGAUAUUGGGACGAUUACAUAUUCUAUCAAAUACGGUGACGGCGGACAAUGUUCGAGCCUACAUGGUCACCAAUCCAUUCUCCUCCUCCCUCCGACAAGCUCUCACGGGAGGUGAACAGACGCAAUCAUUUGGCGUUCUUUCGCAUGUCUCUUCCGGGCCGACUGUGUCAAUAGCCGAUAUGGACGAGUAUGCCCGUCGGCAAUGGGAGGGGGUGCUAGGGUACAUGGUGGGAACUAGUGGGCUAGGGAUUCAGCGUGAUGUGAAUCUAAGCAAAGGUGUGAAACAAUUGUUACAGGCUGGACAUCUUGUCGAGAUCAAAGAUCGUCGUGUGGAAAUAACCCAAGACGGGUUCGCAUUUGUCUUGCAGGAUGUGAGCACCCAGGUUUGGCAUAUUCUCAUCCUCUACGUUGAAAGCGCAGAAGCCAUCGGAAUGGAUAGCGUGGAGGUCCUAUCCUUUAUUUUUCUCCUUAGCAGCCUGGAGCUGGGGAAGGCUUAUCAAAAGGAACACCUGACAUCCUUUCAACUUCGGACAUUGACCGAUCUGGCCGACUUUGGUAUUGUCUAUCAAGACUCGCCCGAGGCCAACCACUUCUACCCCACGCGUCUCGCGACCACUCUUACCUCCGACUCCAGCGCUCUGAGCAAUCCCAUCUCGGGCUCCCUCUCCGGGCCCACCGGCACCCCCUCUAGCAAGGCUGGCUCUGGCUUCAUCAUUAUUGAAACGAACUAUCGGCUGUAUGCCUACACCUCCUCACCGCUGCAAAUCUCUCUCAUUGCACUCUUCACCACCCUGAAAUACCGGUUUCCCAAUCUAAUCACCGGCAAAAUCACCCGCCAGUCCGUGCGUCGGGCCAUCGAGAUGGGAAUCACUGCCGACCAAAUAAUUUCCUACUUGUCCACGCAUGCACACCCGCAGAUGCGCAAACAUAAUGCGUCUCGGUCCACGUCAAACCAGGCCGGUAUUCCUUCCGUCCUGCCGCCCACCGUGGUGGACCAGAUCCGGCUUUGGCAACUGGAAAGAGAUCGUGUUAAAGCCACGCCCGGGUUUCUAUUCAAGGAUUUCGUCAGUCUGGCUGAGUACGAAUCCCCGUGUCGUUACGCCGAGGAGAUCGGGGUUCUGGUGUGGAAGUCCGAUCGGAAACGCAUGUUUUUCGUCACCAGACAUGAGCAAGUGGCGGCAUUUUUGAGGAGUAGAAAAUGA